AUGACUUUGGUCCAUAUUGUUCUCUUCAAGUUUCGGUCUGAGAUAACCGAGGAACAUAAACGAAAAUUCGUCACCGAGCUUAAAAAGUUGAAGAACUUAUCUUGUGUGAAAGGAGGGCGGUUGCUGGUCGGGGGACCUAGUGUCACCGACCCAAUUGAUCGCAGCAAAGGAUUUCAGAUCUCUCUGGUCAGCUUCCACGAAAAUUUAGCAGCUCUGUCGGAAUACCAGGCAAGCCCAGAGCAUCACCAUGUCACCUCCACCUACAUGUUCCCUUACAAGGAGGACCUUAUGCGAUUUGACUUUGAGGUGGAUGGCGAAGACGAGUAUAUAUGUCGUUGUUGA